AUGACCUCUGAGUUGGUUCGGCUCAAGUCUGCGAAGAGUGCCUCUGCAGACUCUUUUGAGAGGGCACGUCUAGAUCAAAAGAUCUCUGAGGGCGAGAAGCAGCUGCAGUCUGCUGCGAAGGAGUCUGGCAAGAAUCGUCUCAGGCAGCUGGUGCAUGAUGUGGGUGCCAAGAAUCUGCUGCCGGAUCUGAAGACGAAGCUCUCAGAGCAGGAGGAACAGGUCACUGCGAAGCUGACGUACCAGAGUCUGGACCACACUCUGCACCUGGCCUGCUUCGCUCCUCUGGAGGACCUCUCUGCUCGGGUUGGCAAGGCUGGGGAGUUCAGAGAGAAUAUCUCUGAUCUCGUCGUCGUCUGCUCGGACCAGAUCCCUUUGUGGAUCAAGUCUGGUUCUGAGCGUGAGCUCUUUGCUGAAUGGGAGCACCAGCCUCUGCCCCAGCAGGUUCUGCGAGAGAGACUGAGGAAGCACCAUCUGGCUUCUCCUGACCAGAUUUCAGACUCUGGCGACGUUCUUCCUGCUGCCAAACCUCUGCUGCAGGCCGUCAAACCGUCUGCAAAAGCUGCCACUGCCUCUGGACAGAGGCAGAAGAGGGCCUUUGUGGAUGCGGACUCUCUGAGGUACCGUGUCACCUACGAGGCCAGGCAGGCUCUGUACGGCCUCUGCAAAGAGCCUGGUGCUGACGGGGAGUCUGCACUCAGCGGGCGAGUUCUGCCUGGACUUCUGGUCGUGCACGGCACGCACGCUCGUCUGGACAACAUCGACAGCUCUGGUCGAUUUCUGAAAGACGAGAGCUUUGAGUUUGCUGGCAAGCUCAUCUGCCGCCAGAAGAAGUCUUCGGCAGGGAAUCUGCUUCGUGGCUGGCGACAGGCACGGGACAAGGAUCCCGGUCUGUUUCGCCACAUAUCUGUCAUGUCCCAACCCUCUGCGAACGUUGAUGGCAUCAUCUUCGCAUGGUCUCAGGAAGCUCUGGCCACUCUGGCACCAGCCUCUGUGCACGUUCGCGACUGCUUCGCUGCAGCCUGGUCGUCUUCUGCCGCCGAGUCUCUGUUCUAUGGCCAGUCUCUGCAGACGGUCAUUGGACCGAAACUGACUGCCAGUCUGCAAUUGACUGACACCGACUUUGCCAGAGCCUUCAAGAGUCUGGCAAGGUCUGCCAUGGACGAUCUCAGGCACUCUGGUCAGACCGCUCUGCUGGCUGCUGGCGAGAAGGAGUUCUGGAGAGCGAGCCAUCUGGACAUGGCGAAGGCUGUUGUGCAGGCUCAGUCUCAGAUGUCUGAGCGACAAGCCUCCAACGACUGGAUCGUGUCUGGUCUUCGCCGCAACGGUCUACUGGCUUACAAGCCUGACUUCUCCAAGAAGACUCUGGUUCCUUUGUCAGACUCAGAGUGCUUCGGCACUGGCAUGGGAGCCAAGGUCGUGGCGGAUCUGGUGGAAUGGAGCUAUCACCACUCUGAGCCGCAGGACCAGGAUGUGGAGAAACGGGUGGACGAGGCUCUGCUGAACGUGCACGAGAUGCCUCUAGACCUGCAGCUCCCCUGCAUCGAGUCUGGCGUCCUGACACUGUCUCUGGACUUGCAACGUACAGCCUGGCAGAAGCAGCUCUCUGCGGACUCGGACCUUCUGGCCAAGAAAGCUGUGAAACGGGAUGUGAAGCAGAUGGUCGCUCUGGCGAGGCAGAAGCUGCGAGGCAAGCUUCUGGAAGCCAUGCGGCAUCGUCUGACACAGAUGUCCCGCGAGCAGGCUCUGCAGCGUCUGGUGCCGAGAGCCUCUGACACCCAGAAGCCCUCUGUGGUCAGGAAGAAGGGCCUGAAAAACCAGAAGAAGACAGCUCUGGCCCACGCUGCGAAGGCUCUGGCGAAGAAGAUG